AACUGAUAGUGACUUUAUAUACUGGGAGAGAACGGUCGCGUAUAACAGAAACUCUCAAUUUCGCACAAUGGUUUUGUUUUAUUUAAGUGUUCUCAUAUUUAUAUACGGUGUUUAUUUAUAUUUGAAGAGUAAACACAAUUUUUGGAAACAAAAAGGUGUGAAAGGGCCUGAGCCUUUGCCAAUAGUUGGAAAUUUUGGCAAAGUCUUGAUAAUGCAGGAGUCUAUACGAACAUUGUGUCAAAAUGCGUAUGAGCAAUAUCCAAAUGAAAAAAUAGUUGGUUUAUACCGAGGAUAUACACCAACGCUCCUCUUGCGAGACCCAGAACUGAUCAAACAAGUUUUGAUAAAAGAUUUUGAUUUAUUUCAAGACCGAGGUAUGAGCACUAGCCGCAGUAAACUAGGCAAAAAUUUAUUUGAAGCAGAUGGUGAAACGUGGAGGGUAUUACGACAUAAACUAACACCUGUGUUCACCUCUAAAAAACUAAAGGACAUGAUACCACUUGUGGAACACUGCAUCGAUAAUUAUAUACACUAUGUAGAUACUUUAAUAGAAAAAAAUAUCCACCACGAAAUUCGAUCCUUAAAAUCAAAAUACACAUUACAAGUGAUUGGCUCAUGCGCCUUUGGUUUGCAGUUAAACACGUUCAGUGACAAAGAAGAUGAAUUCAGUAUUAUGGCUAAACGAAUAUUUAAUCCAAAACCAUUUUCAAAAGCAUUAAUGAUGGCAGAUAUGAUAAUCCCUGGAAUAAGAAAACUAUUUAAUACAGCUACUGAUGUCCAAGACUUCUUUUUAAAUCUUAUUUCAAAUGUUAUUAAACAAAGAGAACACGAACCAAUGAAACGUAAAGAUUUUAUGGAUCUUUUGAUACAAUUAAGAGAACAGGGAAAAGUUAGUCGAAAAAGUGAAGAUGGUAUACUGGAAAUAGAAUUGGAUGAUGGAUUGAUAGCAGCACAAGCAUUGAUUUUCUAUGCGGCCGGAUUCGAAACUUCAUCAGCUUCUAUGUCAUUCAUGGUCUAUGAACUCUCGUUACAUCAAGAUAUUCAAGAUAAAAUCUAUGAAGAAAUUAUUGGGAUUACUGCAAAGUACAAUGGAAAAAUUACUUACGAAUCUAUAAAAGAAAUGAUUUAUUUAGAUAUGGUAUUUGAUGAGACCUUACGUAAACAUGCCGUGGCGGGUUUAUUAAUACGUAAAUCUUUAGCAGAUUAUACUAUGCCUGAUGUCAAUGUGUACAUUCCUAAAGGCAUGCCCAUUUUCAUACCAGUUUCUGGUCUACAACUAGAUAAAAAGUAUUAUCAUAAUCCUAAAGAAUUUAAUCCUGAAAACUUUUCUGCAGAAAAGAAGGCGGCUCGUCCGCCUUGUACAUAUCUACCAUUUGGUGAGGGACCUCGCAAUUGUAUUGGAAUGCGAUUUGCAAAAGUACAGUCACUGAUGGGAAUGGCAGCCUUCCUCAGGAAAUUCCGAGUGGAGCCGAGUGCAAAAACUAAAGCGGAGCUGAACUACAAAACUACAGCAUUGACAUUGGAGAGUAAAGAUGGAAUAUGGGUGAAAAUUUCAAGACGCUGAAAAACAUGAGUAGUAAAACAAUUGCGCCACUUUUCCGCUACCUGUAUCAGGUUUUGUAACUUUAGGAUAAACCCUUGCCUUUCAAAUUUUGCACCAAAUUAUUAGGACUAUAAUACAUUCCCUCAGAUUAUUUUUUUAAUAAAUAGAAUCGAAAAA